GCAGCACAUGUGCAUUGACAUUGUUGGAGCUGAUGGAGUUCGCGAAGCGUAUGAAAAUGAGUGACACGAGUCUUGAUAGUUUAAUAUUGGAACUUCACAAAAUACAUGCUAUAAAAUUUGGCAAAUUUAAACUAAAAAGUGGACUAUUGUCGCCGAUAUACUUCGAUCUUAGAGUAAUCAUAUCUUAUCCAGCGUUGAUGGACCGGGUGGCAGAGUCUCUUCAUAAGCGUGCUAAGGAUGCAGGGGUAGAGUUUGAUAAUUUGUGUGGUGUCCCUUACACAGCUCUUCCUUUGAGCACAAUUAUCUGCUCUACCAAUAAUUACCCCAUGCUUAUUCGACGAAAAGAGGCCAAAGACUACGGAACAAACCGUAUCGUUGAGGGGGUCAUCCACCCUGGACAGAGAUGUUUAAUAGUGGAGGAUGUAGUGACCAGUGGAGGCAGUGUUCUAGAAACUGCAGAGGCACUUAAGAAAGAAGGCCUGAAGAUCACAGAUGCUGUCGUGUUUGUAGACCGAGAACAGGGGGGCAGUUUAAUGCUAGCUGAUAAAGGCAUUACUCUACAUUCAGUCGUUUCCGUCUCCCAACUCUUGGAAGUGUUGCUUAAAGCUGGAAAAAUUGACCUGGCUACUUCUCAAGAUGUAAAGAGUUUUACUCAAGAGCAUAACACCUACAAACCCCCAAUUCCUGAUGAGAUGCUCAGCUAUGGUGCUCGUGCUGGGUUGCCUGACACACAUCCACUCGCUGCUCAGCUGCUGAAGAUCAUGGAGGAAAAGAAGACCAAUCUGUGUGUGUCUGCAGAUGUGACUAGUUCUAAAGAGCUGUUGGAGAUCGCUUUGAAGUUGGGUCCACUGAUUUGUGUGUUGAAGACUCACGUGGACAUCUUGCAAGAUUUUAGUGAAGAUGUCACCAGCAAACUUGGAGAGUUGGCUAUGAGGCACAACUUUCUUAUUUUUGAGGAUCGCAAGUUUGCUGAUAUUGGAAACACGGUUAAGCAUCAGUAUGAGGGUGGCAUCUAUCGGAUCUCUUCGUGGGCCCACAUCAUUAAUGCUCAUGCAUUGCCAGGUCCGGGUGUGUUGCAGGGUCUUGGUGCUGUUGGCAAGCCAUUGGGGCACGGCUGUUUGCUCAUUGCUCAGAUGAGCUCUCAGGGUUGUCUGGCAACAGCGGGUUACACACAAGCUGUGGUGAAGAUGGCCGAAGAGCACUCUGACUUUGUGUUCGGGUUUAUAAGUGGAUCAAAGAUCAGUGAAAAGCCUGGUUUUGUACACAUGACGGCAGGAGUGCAAAUGCACAUAGGAGGGGAUGAGCUUGGCCAGCAGUAUUCAACUCCAGAAGAUGUGAUUUGCUGUAAAGGCUCUGACAUUAUAAUUGUGGGAAGAGGUAUUAUUGCUAGUCCAGAUCGUGUCAAAGCUGCAGAGGAGUACAGAAAGAUGGGCUGGGAAGCGUAUCUGAAAAGACUCUCACAGGCCAGCUAAUCAAACUACCUUGGAAAGGGAUAAUGACGCGUUUCCUGUUAAAAUUACACCCUGAUCAGUCCUUGCAAUUUAUAACUGGGU